AAGGGUAAGAUGGGAAUAAAGACACAGACCUGCUAGAGACUACACUGUCUUUACAAGGCUCUGCCUGGAGCUAUCCCGGAGAGAUCAAAGGGCUUCCCAAAGGCUUUGGUGAUACCCACCCCGGAGAGUGAAUCCUUCAACUUGCAGGUACCAAAGAUGGACACUUGGCCAGGAAACAUUGGUGUAUCUCAGACAUGAUAUGGGCCUGCUGAAGGACAAAUUUCUGUUCUCAUAGCCCGCCAGUGAUCUUCCUUCCAUGCAGGUCCAAGGGGCCCGGGAUGGAGCACAUGGCAUGAGAAGGGAGAUCAGUGAAGCACUUCUGUUCAUUUUCAGUGGCGUGAGGUGGGGAUGACAGUCUCUAGCUCAUGGAGUUGUUGGGAGACGUAAAUGAGAGAACACAUGUACAGUGCCUCAUGUGGCAUAGAUGCUCUGCAUGUAUUGACCAAUUCUGCCCCCACCCCACAGACAGCCACAUACCUGCUCAUCUUGGAGUGAGGUUGAGAAUACUCGUACAUAUCUGUGAUAUGGAGUGAUAGAGAUAAAUACUGCUUGCAUUCGUGUUACAAAGGGUGGACUGAUGGAUUUUGCUCAGGAAGGGGACAAGUCUGGGAGCAUAGCUAGUACCUGGCAUUUUUCGAGUACUCGCCAUGUGCUAGAGGCACUGCUCUUUAUACACCAUCUCAUUUCAUCCUCAGAGUAACCCAGUGGGGUUGGUGCUUAUAGCAGACAGGCUCUGGGGAACCCCCUUGAGCCCUGACUCCUGAUAUCCACAUCCUUGUAUAAUCCGUCACCCUCCUUGAGUGUGGGCAGGACCUGCUCCUAACCAAUAGAAUAUGGUAACAGAUGUAUGUGAUUCCAUGUAUGUGAUCGUGUUAUUCAAGACCGUAAUGCCCCUCGUCUCCUACGGCCACUCCAAUCCCACGAUAGAAGGAAAAACACCAGGGAAGGAGGUGGAAUUGCUGUGAAAAGAGGCUCUGCCUCUACAGAAGCUGCACAGUGAGUUCCUCAGAGGCAGGCAUGCUAUGUGCCACUUACAUCAGCCUGCCCAGAGGAACAGCGUCAUCUCAUUGCUCGUUCUCAGAUGAAUAAGAAUCACACUUGCGGUUUUCAACAAGAAAAUGACCAUAUUCACGUUGCAUUCAUCAGAAGCCCAGGGUGCUUACCACAUGGGCCUGCCUCUUGUGUCUGUGGCCUCCUGGCAAAGCAGAGCUAAUAAGAUGACCAGGCCAAGCGGGUGCUCCGGACCCCACGGUCAAGGAUAGGGUGUGCAAGAUGGCCACACACCCUCCCUCCUGUGGCCUGGUUUCCCUCACACUUUAUACGAUCCCGAUUGCAGAUGCCCCUGGGGCACUGGCUCAUUUUCUGUGGAGAGGGAGCCUGAUUUGCCCAGGAGGUUCCUUGGCCAGCUAUCUCCAGGGGCAAGAAUCCACUGAGCUCACUACCCCAAGGGUUCGCGAUUGGGGUCCUGCUGAAGGAAUGGCCACGGGAAGAUGCCCUGGAGGAAGGUCAGGGCGGUCCCUGCCAGCUCAGGAUCUGGAGCUCAGAGGUUUGCAUAAGGCCAGGCAAGAGCAGAGGAUGCCAGCGAUAGGCUGCGGAGGCAUCAGCGGAAGCAGGGGAGCGUUGAUCUUAAGGAACCAAACUGUCCCUGCGCAGAGGCCUGGGGUGGCUCUCUACCUGGGGAGCUUCUUAUCCGCCAGCCCCUGAGGCUCCCGACUCCGGUCCGCGCACCUCCAGGCAGGUGGGCCCAGUUCCUCCGACUACUGCUCUGUGGCCCCGCCCCUGCCUGCCCCCAGAGGCAGAGGGCUCCUCCCCGCUCUGGCUCUGCCCCUUAUUCAACCCCCUCGCACCCUCACACCUGGGCUCGCUGGUCCCUGCGGCCCCUGACAAGGCUCACGGGCCCUGCCCCCAGGAUCACCGGCCCCACCCCACUCGGUAGCCAGUCCACUUAAGGAGGCUGAACACCUGGGAGGUUCCAUGUGUGCCUCGAGGCCUGCGCUGGGCACAGCCUUGCAAUGGAAGCAGAAGCUUCUCCGCCCGUUGGGUCGCCCCCAUGCUGCCUGUGGUUCCGGAGGCCGGGCAUCUACGAGGAUGAGAAUGGAAGGACCUGGGUGACUGUGGCCUUGCGGAUCAGUCCCUCCCACAGAGCUUGGGGCAGGGGCUCCCCUGGCAGCACGCAUGAAAUCAGCGUCACAGUCCACAUGUGGCAGAUGCCAGUGCACCCCCAGACGCCCAGGUCCCCCAGCCAUCUGCUCGUGUUCGGGCUGCCCCCCAAGUGGGAGCUCUACCCCGGGCGAAGGUACCAAGCAACAGAUUUGAGACUCUGGGAAAUAGUGGACCAUGGCCAGGCAAGUGCAUGGUGGCCCAGGUGAGGGGGAUGGGCAUUAAGUAGUGACCGUAGGUGUGCAAAGUGGGGCAAAGGAUGGGAGGGAUCCCUUCCCCGGGCCCCUAAAUCCACAAACCCGGGUUCCCAUCUGCUUCAUUUGGAUAGAAGAGCGUGUCCCAGGGGCUCUGAUCACUGCUCCCCCGUUCUGCAGAUCAACUCCAUGGAGCAGCUGAUCCUAAAACGUCUGCCAAGUGGGAGCCGCUGACGGGGCUGCUAUGUCAGGCCUGGAGCCUCGCAAUGCGGACAGCGGACACUAGCAAGGAGGACGCCCCUCUUUACGGGAAGACAAUGCUGGUCACCUUGCCCUCAGGCUGCUCCCUGAGUUUUUCUUACAUAGCCACCCGUUUACACCCCCUCCCAACCCCAGUGGAUGUGAUUUCCACUGUGGACAGACCCCUAGUAUGUUCACAAAACACUGAAUAAUGGUCAUCAUUUAAUUCUCAAAAGAGUUCUCUGAGGUGUACAUAUUAACAUCCCGUGUUACAGAUGAGCAAACAGGCUCUGAGGGCUGGAAUGAUUUCCCUGAAACCACAGAGCCUGGAAAUAGCCGUGAUCAAGCUUGGAUCCAAUGAACGUGGAUCUCUAGGUCCGGCGCCACAAGUCCAGUCGAUGGCAGUGGCCUUCAGGGACCCUGCGUCGACCCACAGAGCCUUCUUCCUGAGACUGGCAGCAGCUCGAACUGCACUGAGGGCCCGGAGUGGGGCUUUUGCCCUCCUACCCCUGGUCCUGCUCUGACGGGCCACCGCCCGGCUCUUCUGAGGUUCCCUGACUGUCACCUUUUGUCUCCUCCCAAGCCCUGCUGGCCCUGUGAUAUUUAUGCACUUGCUCUUUGGUUUGCACACCUACCAGGGCCUCCUUGGGGGGGCGGAGGCAGCGGGCCCCCUGUCCACUCUGCAUUUCCCGUUUCCCUCCGUCUGCGCUCAGGGUGACCUGCCAUGGCUUCUCUUCCCGCUUUGUGUCCCUCACGCCGAUCUUCCAGGUGCCACUCCCCCAAACACCUCCCCUCCAUGCCCACCAGACCCAGUGCCCAGCCAGAGCCCCGAGCCUCCAGUGCAGCCUAAAAUUGGAAACUUGCCCUCGGCCCUGCUUGGCCUCAGGCAGGGAGUGGCUUGAAGAGCGCCAGGUCUGGACUUGACACUCAGAUGCGCCCUGGAGGUCACUUUUGCUGACACUUUGGCCGGGAGUAGAUCAAGUGCUGGGCAGGCUGUUAGCUCCUGAGCCUCAGUUAGCCCAUCUGCGCAAGGGGCAUGUGGAGCGACGGAUUUGGCCUGUGGUUCUCCUGCCCCAUCAGUCCCAGGAAGUGAUGCUGGUCCCUGAAGGUCGCCUCCCAGUGCUGGGUAAUUAAACGUCAUUGCUCGUUCUUCAGCCUUUGUGCGGAAUCGGAGCUUAGCUUAAACUGGUUCCUAGUGUAGCAACGCGGCAGCUGACACCGAAGGUAGGACUGUAGUUAUCCCUUUAGUGUUUUUCCAAGCAGGGAAGAAGGUUGGGAUUGGCCCAUUUCAGCAGCAGGACGUCGGCAGAGGGUAAGGGAGUGGAGGGUGGGCUCUUCGUGAGGCUGGGCUAUGAAAAGGCAAAGACUGUGGCAGCUGCAGCAGGAGAUCCAGUAGCAGGCGUGAGCUUUCACAAGGGGUGAUGUUCCCGCUUGUCCUGGGUGAAGAGGGAAGAGCCCUUGAGCCGGGAGGGGUGAGGCAGAGUCCGGGGCCCUGACAGGUCUUGCCCUUGGAAGCAGAGGGAGGAAGAGGACGGCGUGGAUGCAGGGCAGGGCAGUAAUUUGGUGACGGCAAGAUGAGGGAAUUCGCUACCUCACACCCGUCAUGAGAAGAGAUCACCAACAGAUUAAAGUCCUAACCUUAAAAAUGAAUCCGUAAAAUUAUUGAAGAAAGCGCAGGGGAGUAUGUUCACGAUCUUGGGAUAGAAAACACCUUAAACAACACAGAGAAAGCAAAAGACAGUGUGAGACAAUUAACUUUCUCAAAUUCAGCAUUUUCUGUGUGACAAGAUGCUAAAAAAGCAAGGGUGGAAAUAUCAGGACUAGAUACAAAGCACUAGAGUGCAGAAUCCAUAGAGAACUCCUAGAACUCCCUAAGCAAAGAAAAAUGGGCGAAUGCCAGGAAUGAGCAAUUUACAGAAGAGGAGACGCCCAACGUUGGGAAGUGCAGGUUUCAGAAUUCAGAAAUGCGUAUCCUCGAUUUUGGCAGAAGUUAAGCCUUACAUGUUGUGGGAGUGGAUCGUUAUAGACAACCUGGAGGUUUGGUGGACAAUUCAGAAGCAUUUAUCAAGUUUUAAAAUGGCACACAGAGCCAUAUCUAGAGUAUUUACCAAGAGCAGGGUUUCUAAGCUCAGCGCUGUGGACAUUUGGACCAGAUAAUUCUUCAUCAUGAAAGGCUGUCCUGUGCACUGUAGGAUAUUUGGCACUAUCCCUGGUCCCUGCCCAUAAAGUACUGGUAGUAGCCCUUUGCCAACCCACCCACCAAGUUGUGAUUGUCAAAUGUCCCCCCGCCCCGGGAGGGGUGCAAAAUUUUCCCCAGUUGAGAAUCACUGCCCUAGAAAAACACUUGCAUGCAUGCAGAAGAGGGAAGGGGAGGGAGUGCUGUGGUCACAACUCAAGUCCGCAGUGGAGGAGUGGUUAAGGAAAGGGAGACCCGAGAGCAGGGGCUGGGCUGAGCCCCUUCCACUUAGAAGCUCCUGUGAUCUGACAAACUGGCUCUUUAGAAAACCCUCCUCCCCUCAGCUCGCCUUCCCCUCCCCUUGGCCUGAGAUGGGUGGGGGCAUGUCGGAUGCAGCCUGCAGCCCAGCCACACAGAGGGAAGGAUUCCAGGAGACAUACUGGGCAAGACUUCCCUCCUCCCUCCCCUUCCUGCCCCGACUCUGGGGCAGGAAAGGCAGCAGGCUCUCCUCUGCUUCUCCUAGGUCAUGGAGCUCUGUUGCUAAUAUGCUCGAGGACAAGAAAAAUCUGGAAAUCCUUUCACAGGAUGGCAGCCUGGCUGGCAAGGGUGCUGUGCUGCUGCGGAAUCCAACUGCAAAUGUCAGAAGCCUUUGGUCUCUCUCCGUGUCCUUGGAACAAAGUCUAAGUCUGCCCUUCCCUCCAGGAGGUAGCUGUCUCAGGCCAUCCAGGACAGAGGUUUGGCAUGUGAGAGAGCAAAGAGAGCAGAAGCACAUCGAAAUGUUUAAAAUCACUCCCGGGGCAUAUCCAGGAGUGAUUACACCACGAGCUCGAAGUCCGCAGUGCGGUCUCCUCCAUCCUCUGCGCGGCUCCUGAAUGCGUGUCUCCAUGCGUUCAUCAGUGGGGUGUGGGUCUGUGGUGUAGGCUCCUGGAGUCUGGGUCUAACACCUCUUGACAGUUUGCUUUGGUGCAGGUGAGAAAAUAGUUCUCAGUUCCAUCUGCCCAGAGCUGAAGACUAAAAGCAGCUACUAGGGAUUAUGUUAAUGACUUCGGGUGAUGGACAAAGGAGAGGUUGUCCCGCAGAACACAGGGAAAAAUAUCUUUUUGUAAAGGAUGAUGGGCAGCAACAGGUGGUUUAAUUAGUAUGUAUAGGAGCCUCGUAUGUCAGCAUCACUCACCAUGAAGGAUGCUCUCUGCAGGAGUGUUCUCCCUCCACUCGGCCAAAACCAGGGGUCAUGUUUGAAAGCCUGCACUACCCUUGUUGCCUACGCACUGACCAAUGGGAACAGACGCUGGGCACACAUCCUGGGAUGCCUGCAUCCUGGCUGAGCCCAGACCUGGCCCUUCCCAGGCCCUUCCCACUGGACAUCUUCCUCCGUGGGAACGAUUAGAUGUUAUGUGCCCGAUCUCUCUGCCCCGGCCAUAUUUUUUUAUUUUAUUUUAUUUUAUUUUUGCGGUA